AGGCGGUGGGCAGGGGAGUGCAGCAGAGGAGAGCGGGGUGCAAGCCCGUUUGGUGUUGUCCAAGGGCUUACUUGAAGGUAAACCUUAGUCGGUGGUGAGGGGCUGCGUGAAAGGAGGCAGGAGAGAUCCCGGGAGGGGACUGCUUUUUCAGGCGCCUCCGCACUCCCAGAAUUGGACCAUUGAUUGGGGAGUCUUGGAAAUUGCUGGAGGUCAGAUCUGUGCGGCAACAUGGACUCGUCGGAGGAGACUGGGGGCUCCUCCACAGAAGAGAACUACUUUGUGAACUACACCUUCACUGACCGUUCUCACUCAGGCCGCGUAGCUCAGGGUAUUAUGAAGCUCUGCCUGGAGGAUGAGCUCUUUGCUGAUGUUACCAUUUCAGUGGAAGGCAAAGAAUUCCAGCUGCACCGGCUAGUCCUCUCAGCUCAGAGCUGCUUCUUUCGUUCCAUGUUCACUUCCAACCUGAAGGAGGCCCACAACCGGGUGAUUGAGCUGCAAGAUGUUAGUGAGAGUGUUUUCCAGCUCCUGGUGGACUAUAUUUACCAUGGGACUGUAAAGCUGAGGGCAGAAGAGUUGCAGGAAACAUAUGAGGUGGCAGAUAUGUACCAGCUGACUUCCCUUUUUGAGGAGUGCUCCCGUUUCUUGGCCCGCACGGUGCAGGUGAGGAACUGUCUUCAGGUUAUGUGGCUGGCAGAUCAACACAGUGACAUGGAGCUCUACACAGCUGCAAAGCACUGUGCCAAGUCACACUUGUCACAGCUUCAGGACACAGAGGAGUUCCUGCACUUACCUCUCCGCCUGCUGACAGACAUCCUUACAGAUGGUGUUCCAUGUUCACAGAAUCCAACAGUUGCCAUAGAAACCUGGAUCAACUUCAACAAAGAGGAGCGGGCAGGCUUCUCGGCGGUGCUGCGAUCCAGUCUGAAGGAGAUUGGGGAGAACGUUCACAUCUACCUUAUCGGGAAGGAGUCAUCGCGUACGCACUCACUUGCUGUCUCUCUGCAUUGCGCUGAUGAUGACUCAAUCAGUGUGAGUGGCCAGAAUAGCCUGUGCCAUCAGAUCACUGCAGCUUGCAAGCAUGGCAGUGACCUGUAUGUCGUAGGGGGCUCCAUUCCACGGCGCAUGUGGAAAUGUAACAAUGCCACCGUAGACUGGGAAUGGUGUGCUCCUCUGCCCCGUGACCGGCUCCAACACACCCUUGUCUCUGUGCCCAGCAAGGAUGCUAUAUACUCACUAGGGGGCAAGACGUUGCAGGACACUCUCUCCAAUGCUGUCAUAUACUACAGGGUGCGAGACAAUGUGUGGACAGAGACCAGCCAGCUGGAAGUAGCUGUCUCUGGAGCUGCAGGUGCCAACCUCAAUGGUAUCAUAUACCUGCUGGGUGGGGAGGAGAAUGAUCUGGACUUCUUCACUAAGCCCUCCCGGCUCAUUCAGUGCUACGACACCAAUACAGAAAAGUGCCACGUGAAGCCUUAUGUAUUGCCUUUUGCAGGGCACAUGCAUGCUGCUGUGCAUAAAGACCUAGUGUUCAUUGUGGCUGAGGGGGACUCGCUGCUGUGCUAUAAUCCCCUCCUGGAUAGCUUCACCCGACUCUGCCUGCCAGAUGCCUGGAGCUCAGUACCAUCCCUCUGGAAAAUUGCCAGUUGUAAUGGCAGCAUCUAUGUCUUUCGGGAUCGUUACAAGAAGGGAGAUGCCAACACCUUCAAACUUAACCCAGCCACCUCUGUGGUGACUGUCACCAGUGGCAUCAAGGUGCUGCUCACUAACCUGCAGUUUGUGCUGGCUUGAGGUGACAAGCCCACGGACAAGACAAUAUUGACAUUCUGUAAAGCAGCUUAGAGGCACCCAGUUUCCUUACCACUUGCCCCAGCAAGACCAGCUCACACCACCAUAGAGUGCCCCCUCCUCUUUAGCCCUGCUUGCAGGCAGUAUGAGUCUCUUGGAUGUAAGGCUGUUUUCCCUUUCACUACACUCUCCAAGUUGACUUACAGCAUCUUAAAUCCCAGAUGGACUAAAUAGUGUUACUGUGAUCCUCUGAUGUGAAGCUGUGUUUCAAGCUCAAAUUGCAGCAGAUAGACUUCUUAGGCCAAGAACUAUCGAGCACCAGCAAGCCCUAGCAUGAGCAGAUAAACCCCUUUUUGUCACAGCCUUUUAGUGUAAGAGCCCAGGAGGCUGCAUGUGCUGCUGCCAUCACUAGUCACAGGGAAUGGCCACCCUGUACACUCCCUAAAAAAGCUCUAUGCAGUUUGAAAUGGGGCUCUAAUAUGACUGUUCCUUGCUAAGGCUACAGGAUUGACUUCAGGCCAGAAGCACUGACUAAAGUGGACUCUACUGUAGACUGAUUUCAGAGGUGGGUCCAAGGCCCUGACUUGGUUGUGCUCUGCCCUAACCUAGGGCAGCUGGACUUGAAGCAGAGGCCAGGGAUGGGCUUGCUCCUACUUUGCCACCCAGCACAAAGAGGAAAACUAUCCUUACAAUACUAUUGUGUCAAUGCUGGUUUCUAGCCCCAGUACUGGGGCUCCCAUCCUGCUGACAUUAUACCACAGAGCUGUACGAUGGUUAAAGAUGAAACUGAAGUUCAUUUUCUCACACCCUUCCCUACUGGCACUGUAGCCCUUGAGGUGAGAGCCUGAAUAAAAGUGUCUGGUGGGACAAAGA